CUCCUCCUCCAACUCCCGGGGCUGCUCUACCUGCCGCCGGUCGGACCCAGGAAAUCCCAGAGCCGUGAGGUCAUCCCUCGGGUCCGGCACGCGGAGGCGCAGGUGUGUCCUUACCUGCUGGGCCGGGCGGAGUCGGGGGGGGGGGCUUCGCAGGUCCCCGGAGGGAGCGCAAGCCAGGAUGCGGGGCAAGGACGACCAGUACGACUACCUGUUCAAAAUUGUUCUCAUCGGAGACUCGGGUGUCGGGAAGAGCAACCUCCUCUCUCGCUUCACCAGAAAUGAGUUCAACCUGGAAAGCAAAAGCACCAUCGGGGUGGAGUUUGCAACCCGGAGCAUCCAGGUGGACAGCAAGAUGGUGAAGGCUCAGAUCUGGGACACGGCCGGCCAGGAGCGCUACCGGGCCAUCACCUCUGCCUACUACCGGGGAGCCGUGGGGGCCCUGUUGGUUUACGACAUCGCCAAAUACCUGACCUACGAGAACGCCGAGCGCUGGCUCAAGGAGUUGCAGGAUCACGCCGAUGCCAACAUCGUCAUCAUGCUGGUCGGCAACAAGAGCGACCUCCGGCACCUGCGGGCUGUGCCCACCGACGAGGCGAAGAGCUUUGCCGAAAAAAAUGGCUUGUCGUUCAUAGAAACCUCGGCUCUGGAUUCCACCAACGUGGAAACAGCCUUCCACAACAUCUUGACAGAAAUCUACCGGAUCGUCUCCCAGAAGCAGAUGGCGAGUGGGCAGCCGGAGACGGAGUUCAGCAGCAACACCACCACCAUUGAGCCCAUCAACGUCCUGCCUACCCACCAGGACGCCAGGCAAGCCCCGUGCUGCCAGAACAUCUGACCGGCCGCGGCUCGGGGGGAAGGAGAAGCCGGAUGGGGCGCCACAGGGUGGAAGAGGGAGAGGGCGUCUUUGCGCCGGCCAUGGGUGGGAUCCAUCACCCUCUUUCUGGGAAUUUCUCUGAAAUUGAAAGCCCGCCGCCUGGAUCCUCGCAUCUCCUGAGAACCGGCUCCAGAGAAACUCAGGCUCCUGCUGGCCCCCGCUGGCCCCCGCCCUCUGCUCUUUUAAUUACGCUCCCUUCUGGGAAAGCAGGAGUGACACCUCGGUCUGGAUCGGGACGUGCCCUCUCUAUUUCAUGGCACCAUGAUUUGGCGGUCUUCCCAGCUUUCCGAUGGGCCUUCUUUUCCCCCUCCCCUGGAGAGGAGAAAGGCCAUUCCCAAGUUAAUCACCUGCAACAGAGCCUUCAAGCUGUUUGGGUCCCGUCUGCCUUUGGCCUGGGGAACUGCCUGCCACAGGAAAGUGUGACCCCUGAGAGCCAUUCAGAGGGCUCUUCAAGUGGCCGGGUGUUCCCACUUUGAGCUUCCUUCACGCACAAACCCAUGUCCUUAGGUCUGAAAACAAGCUGGUUUGCCAUUCAAGGUAGCAGGUUAUUUCAAACCACUUCUCUCCCCCCACCCCCCCGGAAGAUGAUGCCCUGAUCUCCUAGCCAGCAGGGCUCCCAGCCCAAAAUCUCUGCUCUGGGAGAAGUGGCGGAUUUGGGGAUUGGGGGAGAAUGCACCAUGCGAUAUUGGAAACCCCACUGACUGUCUAAAACUUUCCCCUCUCUCUGGCGUGUUUUCCUGAUUAUCGUACAACCUUCACAAGCUGUUUUGUUGUGAUACUGAGAAAUAAAUCAAUUAUAGGAUCA